AUGACGGCUGUGUCACCAGUUUCGACACACAGCUACCACUGGCGUUCGGAAUCACGUCAGACGCAGCAGGGUGGUGACCAACAGUACCGUAGUGAUUCUCGUGCGUCAACGAUUCCGGAUCCAGUGGAUCGACACGUGGCCAGAUGGCGUAGCGAAAGUCGCAGCAGUAACAAAGUGUUCCGCAAUGAAGAAGAACCGAGCCAACAGGAUGAAAUUGUCAAUGGCACUCUCACCGCGUUGAAAGACGACGUCGAAAAGACAACGGAGGUCAUUCGGAGAAGAGGGCAACAGAUGCGUAUGGAGCGUCGCCAGUUCCAAACGGAAAUGGAGGUCACUGGACGAGUUUCUGUCUCACCAACGGACGAGUUCUUGAGCACGCGACUCAGAGCUGUUUCGACCGAAGAUAUGAAUCGCGAACUUGGAAAGAUAAAGGAAGAUCAACGCCAGAACGCUGUAACAGACACAUUGGCAGCGCUUGUGUACGAUGUGAACGCGACAGCUGAGGUGCUCAGACGAGGACAUGGACGAGGAAGAGACGGCAAAAAGAGCGUUCAGAAAGAGGAGAUCGAGUAUCAUCUGAGACUAUCACCACAGCCUGAACAGGAGCGCCCGUUCCCUUCACCGAAGCCACGACACAUACCAGAAGAAAGGUAUACGGUUGACGAGGUCUCGCGCGACUAUGGCGUGGCGAUGAGCGAGAGCCAGACGAACAGCCUCCGUCGCACACGCGCGCGAUCAGAGACGCCGAGGCGAACGCUGCAAAUCGAGGGCUCUCCACCGCCGAUGGCACCAGUUGUGUGCGCGUACUGCAGUGAGGAAAUCGAUGGUCCAAUCCUGACUGCCUUAGCACCGAAUUCUGAACGAGCACAAAAAUUCCAUACAUAUCAUUUUAUGUGUUGCUACUGUCAAAAGGCUUUGAAUAUGCAUGGCACAUUCAGAGAGCACGACAGACGGCCUUAUUGCCAUGACUGCUUCUACAGACUUUACAAUGGUCUACUGUACAAACCGGAUGAGCAUCAGAAGACCAUCGAGAAACUUAUUUGA